AUGGCUAAGGUCCUUGAUUUACCGGCUAUUCCACCCUUUUCUGUUUCUGAAACGAGUUCGUCGGCACAACGUUGGGACAAAUGGACGAACUCGCUCGAUUACUACAUUCGUGCUUCGGGCAUCUCCGAUCAAAAGCAAAAGCGGGCCAUUCUACUUCAUUUAGCGGGUGCAGAAGUACAAGAAAUCUUCGAGACGUUGCCUGAUACUGGCGAGGAUUACAAAACAGCGCUCGAGAAAUUGAAUGCACAUUUCAACUCGUGUAAAAACAUAGCUUUCGAACGUCAUGUUUUCAGACAAGCAACCCAACGUGCCGGCGAGUCCAUGGAUGCUUUUGUAACUCGCUUGAGAACUCUUGCAAAAACGUGCCAGUUCGAUACAAGUUUAGAUGAAAUGAUCCGUGACCAAGUCAUUGAAAAGUGUGCUUCGAACGAUUUAUUAUCGAUUGCUCGUUCAUUCGAACUGGCCGAUCGCCAGGCCUUAGAAAUCGAACAAAAGUUUGAAUCAUCCACUCACCUCAAUUCCAUCGAACGAAAUAGAGAUUUUCAACAACCACGGCGUAAUUCUGCGAAGCGUGAAGACAAUAAUAGGCAAAAAUGUGUUUGUUAUUGUUGUGGAAACGAAGGGCACCGUGCGAAGGAUGUCCAAUGUCCUGCCCUUGACAAAACCUGCCGACGUUGUGGCAAGUCCGGUCAUUUUGCUAGGGUCUGUCGCCAAAAGACCAACAAACCGAAGCAAUACAGGGAGAAUGCUCGACAGCUUGAACAGUCUGACGAUGACUCUUCUGAGAACGAAUGUUUAUUUACUCUCACGGCUCAUAAUGUGCAUCAUCGCUCGGACAGCCUUCAUAUGUUGGAAAUUGAACACAUUCCAGUGCAAAUGCUUAUUGACUCGGGGGCUAGUGUUAACGUCCUUGAUCUCGAGACAUAUCAUCGUCUAAAAGCGCGAAAAGGAGUCCAGUUAAUGCCUUCUACCCUUCCUGUUUACGCAUACAGUUCUACGACCCGACUUAAUAUCCUGGGAACAGUCUCCGGUCGGGUAAAAUGCAAUUCUGCAGAAAUCGUGGCCAAGUUCGUAGUAGUACACGACCAACACGCUGGUUGUCUUCUCGGGCGACAAACUGCCACUCAACUGGGACUUUUGCGGGUUGGACCUCAAGUUUCGUCCAUCAAUUGUGCAGUAUCUCCCCAUUCCCUUCGCCAACGGUAUCCCAGUGUCUUUGACGGAGUAGGAAAACUCACCAAUUACCAGCAGAAAAUUUCCAUCAACACCAACAUCAAACCUGUUGCUCAGCCCCCACGUCGAAUUCCCUUCCACGUUCGCAAGCAAGUUUCCGCCAAACUUGAAGAACUCGAAAGGCUGGAUAUAAUCGAGGAGGUCCGUGGCCCAACACCCUGGGUCUCACCCUUGGUGGUCGUACCAAAAUCUAGUGGUGAAAUCCGUGUCUGCGUAGACAUGCGCCAGGUAAAUACGGCUGUAAUACGAGAGCGGUAUCCCAUUCCCACAGUCGAAGAAAGCCUUCAGGAUCUCAAUGGAGCAGCUGUUUUUUCGAAAUUAGACCUGAAGUGGGGCUACCAUCAAAUUGAACUGGACGAGCAAUCCAGAGAAUUGACCACCUUUACUACUCAUGAUGGCUUGUACCGGUAUAAGCGUCUUAUGUUCGGGAUAUCCGCUGCUCCUGAGAUUUAUCAACAUGCUAUCCAACAAGUUCUACACGGUCUACCGGGGGUCAAGAACAUCUCGGAUGAUAUAAUUGUUUUCGGCAAGGACAAGUCAGAACAUGACAGAAAUCUGCAUGGAGUACUUGCUCGACUUCAAGAACGGGGACUUACGUUAAACAGUGCGAAAUGCAUGUUCAGUGUUUCUGAAAUAACUUUUUUGGCUUUGAUAUUUCUGCCCGUGGGAUUCGCCCGAACGCCCAGUCAGUCGAGGCUAUUUGUAAUGCCCCAACACCCACGAAUGCUUCAGAGGUUCGCAGUUUUCUGGGCCUAG